AUGACUGCAACAUCCAGCAUCCAUCUCAUCAACCUAUGUAGGGCCAUCUCGGAGCGCGCAGCAUCUUGUUUAGCCGCCGCAGACGACCUAGCCGAACGAGAUGGACAGCACGUCCUAGAGUUCAAGACUAUAUCAUCAGGUCUUGAGGAGCUUAAACGUAGACUUGCCGAACUGGAAGAGCUCCUCCUUGCAAAACCCGACAGCCGGAAACUCCGCGACACGCGCGAGACUCUCACUCCGCUCUUUACGAUUUAUGAAACGGUACUCGAAGUUCUUCGUAUGCAGUUGGACAGUUGGCAGCCAGAGAAUUUAGCAGGAUUGGAUAGUGAAUUCUUGAAGGCACAUGAAGGCUGUCUUGUCGUUUACAAUUACAUGCUCGAAGUUUGCACUCCCCUUGUCAGGAAGGAUGAUUCCUUCGGGCCCUCAGGCUCAAGCUUUUUCACCCAUCAAGCGCAAGAAGCAGUCAACUCGGCUAUGAACAAGAGACUUUUCAAAGCAGGUAAAGACACUACCCAAAAGGAUACGAUGUCCAGCAGCGAGAAAAUACCUGUAGCGGAGAAAGAAGUAGCACCACCUUCGUAUCCAGAGCCCGUAUCAACGACGACAUCGCCGCCGAUAGCAUCACCAUCAACGUCUUCACCACUCGUCCAAAGCCCGGUAAACAACUGUCGCCGCCCCAAAGGCUCCUCAUUCUUCAGAGCCCUUACAUCAGGCUUCCGCAAACAUGAUCCAUUAGUCUCAACGCUCUGUCAAGCCGCUGCUCGUGGAGACGAGCAACAAGUCUCCGGCCUGAUCUCCCAAGCCGCAAACGUCAACGGUCGAAACGAAGACGGGGAUACACCACUAAAAUGCGCCGUAAAAUACGAUCAAGUUGGAACCGCUUGGCUUCUUUUACAAGCGGGAGCUCAAAGCAACAAGCUACCGCCCUUAUUCAAAGCUGCUUCUGUUGGAAGUCUCAAGGUCGCCAGGAUGCUCAUCGAUUCUGGGGAGAGUGUACACGGUAAAUCAAAGACCGGGAAGCCUUACUUUGUUGAUGUUGUUGACAAAGGGAACCUGGAUGGAAUCAAGUUCCUCCUUGAGAAUGGCGCUCCAGUUAAUGCAAAGAACGAGAGACGAGAGGAAGUAAUUGUCCAGGUCGUCAAAGCAGACAACAUCGAGCUCACCCGUCUUCUUCUUGCCCACGGCGCCAACGCUAGUGCAAAGGAUGCAAUUGGCGAGGAGAUCAUUGUACACGCUGUCAAAAAGAACAAUAUCGAACUAGCCAAUAUCCUCCUCGAUCACGGCGCCGACCCCAAUGCCGCAAAUGCGGUUAAACAAACCAUUCUCUAUGCAGCUGUUCAGAGUGGUAAUGCCGACAUGGUUGGACUGCUCCUUGACAGGGGCGCAAGCGCGAAGUUGUUGAAUAUUCUUGGAACGAGCAUCCUGGAGGCUUCUAUUGGAAUGAAGAGAUUCCAGAUCGUGAAGAAGCUCAUCGAGGGUGGCGCCGAUGUUGAUGGCACAGAUGCGCAUCAGCAACCGAUUCUCAUCAAGGUUAUCAGGAACCCAUACUUGAGUAACGACGAGAAAGUCGAGGUUAUGAAGAUGCUGAUGGCGAAUGGUGCGAGUCCCGAAACGGUUGAUAUCAUCUUUGGUCUGCCAGCUAUCUGUCACGCCGUCGAAAUGCCCAGUACCCCGGUGGUGCAGGCCCUCCUAAGCCGAGCCGUCAACACAAAUGUUCGCAUGCUCUCGGGCCAAACGCUCCUCACAUACUCCAUCGACGUCAACCGACAGAACACUGUUGAAGCCCUGCUGGCACAAGGUGUUGAUGUAAAUGAGGUCGAUGGACUCAACAGAACGCCUUUGAAGCUGGCUCUGACGAGACUUGACUAUAACUUGACAGCGAAGUUGAUGGAUUAUGGUGCUGAUCCUACAGCGAAAGAUAAUCAGGAAGCUAUCAAGUUCGUAAAGGCUGUUGGGAGAAAGGAUUUACAGGAACUCCUUCGACCAAGAGAAGUUGAGGCAGGUCCUUCAACUCCGGCUAUUCGGCAUGAGGUCGAGUUGCCUACAUCUGAGGCUCCACCGCCUUCGUAUGAGCUUGUGGCUGGAAAGGUCUAA